AUGAUUUGGAUGCUGUUAUCGCCAAAGAUGAAUCAGAAAAGCCCAAAAUUACUCUUUCCAAAAUAUUUUGGAAAUGUGCCACACGUAUCAAUUAACGUAGAACAGCAAGUAAGACUAAAUAAGUUAGUUCGUAACAAUACAGAACUUCCACUUAAAUUUAGAAGCUGGGAAUUAAUUGAAUAUCCCACCUUAAAUGAUAGUACUAGACACACUUGGAGUGUGAAAACCUCAACAAAAUUGGAAAGUCCUAAACACAUAAUUGUAGCAUUCCAAAAUGGAAGAAAAGGAACAUUAUUAAAAGACAUGAGCAAGUUUGAUCAUAACAAUCUCACAAACAUUCGAGUGUUUUUAAAUUCAGAGCGCUAUCCCUACAGUGAUUUACACUUGGACUUUGAUACAAACCGAUUCGCUACAUUGUAUGAGAUGUUUGCUAACUUCCAAGAAAGCUAUUACCAUAUACACCCAAGCCAACCCAUUUAUACACCACUUGAAUUUAAAGAAAAUUCUCCUUUGGUCCAUAUUGAUUGCUGCAGACAAAAAGAAGUGCUUCAGUCCGGUUCAGUUGUUCUUAGAAUAGAAUUUGAAACUAGUAAAAGUACUGGCAACAACACCUCAGCUUAUUGCCUAAUCUUGCAUGAAAAAGAAUUUUGGUAUAAUCCACUAACAAAAAUUCUUAGACAGGCAUAA